AUGUUAUUAUAUGUAUUUUACUUCAAUUUAUUCAUAUUUAUAUUUCUCAUAAUAAGUGUGUCUUUCUUAUUAACAUCUGGUUUGACCAAUAAAACAACAAGAAAUGAUACCAUCAUAUUUACCAAUAAAAGUGACAUUCAAAUGUUUCACAACUAUCAUACAGAUCUACGCAAUUUCAAUUAUUCUGGGAAAUGUGGAGAAGUCUUUCAAUAUCCAAAAAACAGCAAACGUGAUUUAUGGCUCACUGCAUAUUCAUUCAAUGAUAAUAAAUCAUUUCUUCGUUUAAACAGAAGUAUUGACUUUGUUUUGGGUCUUGCAAAUUCGUCUAUCUCACAUGCAACAAAGAAGAUUUUAUUGAUGUCACCUCCACCUUUUAAAAACUUUGAACAUAUGUAUGACAAAUAUGGAAUAUCAAUAGAAUUAUUUGAUGCGAAAAUAUCCAAUUCAACCAAACAAGGAAACUCUGCAACAAGAAGAAUGUUUGCCUGGAAAGAAUGGUUGUACCCACGUCGUCAUUUAUACGACAGAGUAUUCAUUUCAGACCUUCGGGACAUUUAUAUAUUUGGAGACAUUUUUGCCACGUUUUCUGAGAACGAUUUGCUUCUUCAAAUGCAGUGUUUAAAUAAUAAUACCAACUGCUUUACUUUUAAUUUUAAAGUGGACUACAAUUGGAUGAAAAAAACAAUAGGAGUGGAUGUGGCGAAUGCAUACCGAAAAAACAAUACAAUUGCUAGCAAUGUGGGAACUAUCUUAGGAGGUACAAAUAAAGUGUUGGGUUAUUUACAAACAUUCAUUGAAUACACAAAUUUCGAUAAAUGGGAUAUAUGGGGGUAUGACCAGUCGUUACACAAUUGGUUAAUAUACUCAAGAAAAUUGGACUUCUUGAAACCUGUUUUGGAAAGUUGUUCACAACGAAUGUGCUAUGAAGAAAGAUAUGCUUUUAUUUAUGAUAAAACGAGGAAAAUGAUUUAUACAAAUAAUACUAAAUGUUCACCCGUUAUGAGGCAUAAAAUAUUUUAUGCAAAUGAAUACUUUAAGUUAAGUGGUAAUUAA